UCAACACAUGUGGAGGACUGUUUCUGGUUGGUCCUCCUCCUCUAAAGGAUGACAGGGAGUGGAUCAUAGUAGAGGGCUGCUCCCUCUCCAGCAGCUACAUCAACUCUUCUGUCACGAACACUGAGUGACCAACAACCUCUCACUGCUCCUCCGACCAAAUUAUGGGAUCAUAUUUAAGUGCUGGCUGACAAGCCAGGUCCAAAUUUGGAUCUUACGUCUUUGUUUUUUCAGUGGAAACUUUGUCAGUCAAUCUGAGCAGCUCUCAUCCAAGACCAAGGAUCUGCCAUUGGUGUUGGGGUUCCGUUUGUAAAACAAAAUCCUGGAGAUGGUAGAUAUUUGAACCCACAGUGAACCAGGAUGGAGCCUGUUAAGAGAGACAUGGAGCUGCUCAGUAACAGCAUGGCGACCUACGCUCACAUCAAAGCCAAUCCAGAGAGCUUCGCCCUCUACUUCAUGAUGGGUGUUUGUCUGGGCCUCCUCAUGGCACUGUGCCUCCUGGUGGCCGGCAUCGCCUGCAGGACUCGCCGCCACAGCAGACCACCCCCUUCCCCUGAGAGGAGACAGCUAAAGGAGUCCAGCGAGGAAGAGGAGGAUGGCGAGGAGGAUGAGGAGAGCAUUGCAGAGGAAGAUGGGGAGGAGGCAGAGAUCCCCAAAGUGACAAUAGGGCCCAUGAGUGAUCACAGCAGCCAGUCCAACGGGACUCUGAGGAGUGUAAAUGUGUUCGCGUCAGCUGAGGAGCUGGAGAAGGCUCGACGACUGGAGGAGAGGGAAAGAAUCGUCAGGGAGAUAUGGAGGAACGGACAGCCCGACAUCCUGGUCACAGGGACGGGGACUAUUGGACGAGUGCAUUACCACUAACAAAGACUUUGACUGUGCCCUAAAGAUCGACCCCACAAACUGCAGAGGACAGGACACACACAGAUGUUUUGAUUUGUAUGAUAACCUACAGUGCUUGAUAUUAAAAUAAGUGACUGGGGUGGUGAGAGGGAUUGAACCUUAUAUUUCACUUUGUCAAAACCAAAGCCCUACUCUUGAAUUACAGUGUUAAAUUAUUCAAGGAAUUUAAUCAGUACCCCAAUUUAACCCUUAAAAUCUUAAUAGAACUUCUGACCUGCACAACCAAUGACCACAUUAAAGGAAUAUUUCACCCUUCAAAUGACUAUUUGUAUAACAUUUACUCAUCCCAUGCUAACGUUGAAUUUGCAAAGAAAUCGUUUUUUCUCACGCCUCCACGCUGAACAAAGAAUCCAAAAAUGGAAAAAAAAUCUUUAAGAAUUCAAGUCAUAAGUGGCCGUGGUCUACAACAGCAAAACUAUAUCAUAACAUCUGCUUACAAACUGUUACAAAACUCUUGCAGUACAACACUACAAGUCUCAUUUAUCCAGUCGUAUGUUAGGGGGGAUAACAACAGUUUUCCUGUUGUUAUACUUGACCCCCAAUGAUUUCAAUUCAUCAAGAAUUUUAUGCGUUUUUGCAUUCUUCAUCCACCAAGGAGGCGUGUGAGAAAAAUUAAAAUUUCUUUACAAAUUCACAGAAACACAGCAUGAGUAAAAUAUAGGAGGUGAAGUAUUUCUUUUGCAUAUGGCAAAGUGCAAAUAUGUUUUUAAAAAAAAUGCAAAUUUAGGAAAAGAAGACGAAACCAAAAAUACCCUUCCCUGUUUUCUGAGCCCCUCUCCCCCCUAAUAACUGUGGUACAGUUCCUAAGUCAAUAAGACAUUAUGAAAUAAGUGAUCAUAUAAAUAGAUACAGACAUGUAAUACAUUCAUAUUUUCAAAUCCAAUACAUUUUUUAGAAUUCAGUUAACAUCUUUAUUGAUCAAGAAAAACCUGCAUUGUCUUUAUGAAAUAAAAAAAGAGACUGGGGGAUUUUUUUUUCUUUUUUAAAUCAACACUGGUGGAAUAACUUUCAUUUUCAUCAAUAAACUCUCAGCAGGAUAACAAAAACAUAAUCUGUGAAUGAGCUGGUUUAAAAAAAACUUUAAUCAUAUUAUUUCACAGUGAAAUGUAUUGUGUUUGUGUUCAUUUAUAUGAUUACUUUUUUUCUUUACUUUAAUAGUCCCCCAUACAUUUUGUUUUAGCAUGCUUGUGACACAAAACUAUAUAAUAUAUUGUAUGCAGCAUAUUUGGCUUCACCUGUUUUACCAUAUAUUUGCAAUGUGAAUAAUUAAAAGUGUAACCACAGAGUCAACAACAGAACAUGUCUAUCAUUGGAUGAAGUGGUGUCCAUCUGUGGUUAUUUAUGUGUCAAACAAUGUUCAUUUGAUUUAUUAGCAAUAAUUAGAUGAGAAAAUCACUUUUCAUGUUCAUGUUUCAUGUUUUUAAGCUAAGUAUGUAGCAUUAGCUGGAGCUGAGAGACAGUUAGCUAAAUUAGCUUAGCAUAAAGACUGGAAACAGGUAGAAACUGCUAGCCUAGCUUUGGCCAACAGGGUUAAUAAAUCCACCUACAAGUACAUUCAAGUGGAUAAAGGACAACUUGUGAUGUUUUCCUUGUUGUGAUACUGAUAGCUAACUGGGAGACUCCAGGUAGUAACCUGUCCCGCCCUCCACCCAAGAAUUAGUCCUACCCUGAACAGUAACUGUUUCAGCUUCUCAAAUGUGAAUAUUAGCUUAUUUCUAUGUCUUAUGUGAUAAUAAAUUGCAUAUGUUUAUGUUUCAGACUGUA